AGAAAAUGGCCCAAUCACAGUCCGCCAAACCCUGAUGCGGAUAUCCUGAAUCCUUUUUCGCAUGCAUUUGCACUGUGGACCCUUUAUGUUAUAUUCGGAGGGCUAAAGUCUAGGCGUUAGUAUUGUCAGACAUUACAGACAGAAACGGUUGUCUUAUAGAUAUGUUGUCCUGCGGAGAAGCCGUGUUGCGGGCCGUGGAGACGCCGCUUUUCUGGCUCGGUGCUCUGACCGCAGCCUGGCUGUCAGUUUCCUUCGUGUAUCGGCUGCUGUUCGGGAUCAGGGUGUGGGUGAUGGGCAAUGGACUGCUGGUAUCGCCUCCCAAACUGGGGAAAUGGGCAGUUGUGACAGGAGCCACAGAUGGAAUUGGGAAAGCUUACGCCGAGGAGCUUGCCCGCAGAGGCUUUGCCAUCGUGCUGAUCAGCCGCUCUCAGGAGAAGCUGGAUGAUGUAUCCAAGGCGAUCGCAAGCAAAUGUGGAGUGGAGACCAAGACAAUCGCAGCAGACUUCAGUGCUGUAGACAUCUACUCCAAGAUUGAAGAUGGACUUGCAGACCUGGAGAUCGGAGUACUGGUGAACAAUGUCGGAGUAUCCUACUCUUAUCCUGACUUCUUCCUCAAUGUUCCCAAUCUUGACACUUUCAUCGACUCCAUGGUCAAUAUUAACAUAAAGUCAGUGUGUGAGAUGACGCGUCUGGUUUUACCUCGAAUGGUGCAGAGGAAGAAGGGGGCCAUCCUCAACGUCGCGUCUGCAAGUGCGAUGUACCCUGUUCCUCUUCUUACGCUCUAUUCUGCCACCAAGGCAUUUGUGGACUUCUUUUCACAAGGACUGCAAAUUGAGUACAAGAGCAAAGGCAUCAUUGUCCAGAGUGUUCUACCAUUUUUUGUAGCUACUAAGCUGAGUAAAAUCCGACGGCCUACUCUGGACAAGCCCAGUCCAGAGCGCUUUGUCGCAGCUGAGCUCAACACUGUGGGGCUACAGACCCAGACCAACGGCUACCUGCCCCAUGCUAUCUUGGGCUGGGUGACUACAGCUGUGGUCCCUGCCAAGAUCCUCAGCAGCUACUUGAUGGGGAUGGGUUUGUCCCAGCGCGCUCGUUACCUCAAAAAGAAACAGGGGUAGAUGGAGAAACAGGCAGCAACAGACAGAGGGGACCAGCUGUGUUAACGAAUUGUUUGACUACCAUCAUCAUCACGGACCAAGAAAAGAACAGAGGACAAUCUGUGGGCAACGUCUCAGUUUCUCCCAGUCGUAGAUGAUGUGAGGCAGCAUCUAGCCACGUUUUCUGGAGCAUGUACUCAAUCCAAACAGUUCUAUGGAAAUAACUGAACAAGGGGGUCUUCCUUACUGAGUGAUCAGCUUUAAUGAGUAAAAAUACUAAUAUGGAAACAGUUUGCAAAACAGCUGAUGCCAUAAGGGGUGGAUACAGAAAAUUUGAAUGCAUCUGUGUUUGGUGUCCUCUGUAUUUUUGUGUAUUUGAGCUUCCUGAUGGUUUAUGAGCCAUCUUAAAACUUUAGUAGAACACUGGAGGUAUGCAUUCCUUACUUGACACUUUAUAAAGCAUUGGAUGUGUUAUUGAGAUUGAGAAAGCAGUAGUGGGUUUAUGUCAGCAGUUUCCAUUGUGAUUAGUAAUAGCUUCUUGUAUUUGUCUGGUUUUAUCAUUUAAAGAACUGCGAUGUUGUUUGGGACAAAAGCAGCACAAGCAUUGUUAUGUACUGAUUAUACAAAACUGUUUCACAUUUCUCUUUUCAGCCAUCAAUAAAUAUACACUUCAAAUAAACAU